AUGAUCAAAGAGAUAACGUAAGUCAAAACUUUAAAAUUUACUUUACUCUACCCUGAAUUUUUAAAGUUUUUAAAAUUUUUUGUUAAAAUUCUUCUUUUCAGUAAUCCCUAUACUAGCCACUGUACGAAUGCUGUUGAAAUCUCGCCUAGUUUUAUUAAGAAAGCAUGGAAAGAUAACGAUAUUGGCUGUACACAAAAAGAAGAUUCAUCAGUGAAUUCUGAUAAAGAUUCAGGAUCUUCUGAUUCUGACAGUGAUUCAGAUGACGGUUCGGAGAUACCUAACGAAGAAGAUGACAAUUUUGAAUAA